AUGGAAAAUAAACCAAGUGUGUUGACACAGAAGUAUGAAGUGGGGAGAUUGCUUGGCCAAGGCACCUUUGCCAAGGUUUAUUUUGCAAGGAGCAUCAGAACGAACCAGAGUGUAGCCAUUAAAGUAAUUGACAAAGAGAAGGUCUUGAGGGUUGGGCUUGUUGAUCAGAUCAAGAGAGAAAUAUCUGUAAUGAGACUUGUUAGACACCCUAAUAUCAUACAACUUUAUGAGGUCUUGGCCACCAAAAGUAAGAUUUUCUUUGUACUGGAAUAUGCUAAAGGUGGUGAACUCUUUAACAAGGUCGCCAAAGGAAGGUUAAAGGAGGAUGCUGCCAGGAAGUAUUUUCAACAGCUGAUCAAUGCAGUUGAUUUCUGCCACAGCAGGGGUGUUUAUCAUCGUGAUAUAAAGCCAGAGAACCUGUUGUUGGAUGAGAAUGAGAAUCUGAAGAUAUCUGAUUUUGGGUUGAGUGCCCUUGCUGAAUCCAAGCGCCAAGACGGACUACUCCACACGACUUGUGGGACACCUGCAUAUGUUGCUCCUGAAGUGAUCGACAGGAAAGGUUAUGAUGGCGCCAAAGCUGAUAUUUGGUCCUGUGGUGUGGUUUUAUUUGUGUUAUUGGCUGGUUAUCUCCCAUUUCAUGAUUCAAAUUUGAUGGAGAUGUACAGGAAAAUAGGCAGAGCAGAGUUCAAAUGCCCUAACUGGUUUCCAACUGAUGCUCGUAAGUUGCUGCGCAAGAUCCUGGAUCCAAAUCCCAAUACAAGGAUCUCAAUGGCUGAAAUUAAGGAAAGUUCUUGGUUUAGAAAGGGGUUAAACUCUAAACAAAGUAAAACUGAACCAGAAAGCAGGGAAGUAGCUGCUCUGGGUAGGAAUGGUUCUGGUCCUUCUGAGAAUAGCACUGGGGUUUCUGAGCCAAAGCAAGAGUCAGCCAAACCUCCCAAUUUAAAUGCUUUUGAUAUCAUUUCCCUUUCUGCUGGAUUUGAUCUAUCUGGAUUAUUUGAGGAAAGGUAUAUGAAGAGAGAAGCAAGAUUUACUUGUAUACAACCCGCCUCAGUCAUCAUCUCAAAACUGGAAGAUCUUGCUAAGCGACUAAAGCUGAAGGUGAUUAAGAAAGAUGCAGGUUUGUUGAAAUUGGAAGGAAAGAAGGAAGGUAGAAAGGGGCUGCUGUCUGUUGAUGCUGAAAUCUUUGAAGUGACUCCAAAUAUCCAUUUGGUGGAGGUGAAGAAAUCUAAUGGAGAUACACUAGAAUAUGAGAAGAUGUUGGAAGAAGAUAUAAGGCCUGCUCUCAAAGAUAUUGUUUGGGCCUGGCAGGGUGAGCAAGAACCGCAACAGCAGCAGAUGCAGCAAUCACAUUGA